AUGUCUGAUGAGAUAAAAAAGGCCUUCAUGAAGGAGAAAAAGCUUGAGGUAGAACCAGAGAUUAGCAAAACACAAGCCUAUAAGACAUUGGUUGGUGGUGAGCCGGCUGUCUUGAUGGAUGUGUGGAUGGGUGACGAGGAGAUCAAGUUGAUGCUAUUGCCCGCCCCUGUGUUCUCCUCAAAGUUUGAAGCAAGCACGCAGACACACACGAAGAAAGAGAAGAUUGUUAUUCAAAAGCAGUAUACAUUCAGAGUCGGUAGUUUUAGUAAUACACCAAUUCAAGGAUAUGCCACACUUAAUCGCAACGGGCAUCUCAAGGACAUGAUGGUCAAGACUGAAUUUGUCACUUGGGUGUAUGAAGAGAUCAGUGAGGGUUUCAGUUUUGUGUAUGAGGCAAAACAUGUGACUGACGACCACGUGUUUGGUGGGCAGUAUAAAUAUCCACCAGGGAAAAACGGGGGCGCAGCUAUAAACUUCGCUGACAUUGAAUUUGAAGGGGAAUGGCGGGGGCGAAAUAGAAUCGGACCGGAAUCAAGGGAAGACGAAUUAAUUGAACUCGCCAUAGCGCGAGAAGAGCAAAACAUUUGGCUGAACAACCAGGGAACGAGUUGUCCAGAUAGUGACGAAGAGAAGGACAGUUUUGGACAUUGCGCGACUGCCACGCGCCGGCGUACCUCACGCCGGGGAGUCGAGUUAAAGAUAGCUGAGAUUCAGAUAGAUAUUGAUUCGCAUUUGCUCGAACUGUUAGGCGGAGAUGAACAGGACGCCAUACAGUAUGCAGCCAGUGUCAUCAACUAUGUGAAUGGCAUAUACGAGGAGCAGUUGGGCAUUACGCACCAAAUUGUGGGUACGAACGUGCACACGGAGGUCGUGCACAACUCAAAUGUAAUGAGUGAUUUAUUAACACAACACACAGCCCUCUGGAAGGAGAAGGCGAAGGAACCUGGGCAGCCUAACUAUGACAUAUCGUUUCUGCUAACAGGCAGAGGUACAGGCGAUGUGGUGGGGAUAGCGUAUAUCGGCGCCGUGUGUUACUAUCACUAUAAGACGGGUGUGGCGCAGUUGCUGUAUCACGAUGCCAUAGUGCGCCAAGUGGCUCUAGUUGCGCACGAAUUAGGUCAUAUGUGGGGGUGCAAUCAUUUGUCGCCAAGUGAUCCUUCACGCAUUAUGAAUAGCAUCACCACUUCGUCAGCUACAUUUGGACCGGCGUGUGUCGAAGCGGCUACUGCUUUCUCGAAUAGUAUCAUGAGCUGUCUAGAUGGCGGCCAGAUACAGAGUGCGUGUGUCGCCGGCCCGUGUGCACGUGGACUGUGUGAAGAUCAAGGCAGCACGUCCUCCUUCACGUGUUCGUGUCCCGCAGGGUACUCAGGUGUGUUGUGUGAGAUAGAUGAAGACGAGUGCGAGAGCGCUCCUUGCAAGAAUGGCGGCACUUGCACCGAUGCCGUGGCCGGCUAUGUGUGCGCGUGCCCAGCCGGGUAUGAAGGGACCCAGUGUGAGAUUGACGCUGAUGAGUGCGGCAGUGCGCCAUGCUUAAAUGGUGCACGGUGCGAGGAUGGGGUGAACAAAUACACGUGCCACUGCGAGCCUGGAUUUGAGGGGCCCACAUGCGCCAUCAAUAUCGACGAUUGCAGCGGCAACCCUUGCUACAACGAUGGCGGGUGCAUAGAUGGCGUGAAUGCGUACACGUGUGGGUGUGCAGUGGGGUACAGUGGGCACAACUGCGAAGUGCAGACGGACGACUGUGCCGUCACACCGUGCGCGAACGGAGGUACGUGUGAGGAUCUGGUGGGGUCGUAUAAAUGCACGUGUGCAGCUGGAUAUUCCGGUACCAACUGCGAAUCGAAUGUAAACGACUGCCUGCCCAACCCAUGUCAGAACGAGGGAGUGUGCAUCGACGGCCUCAACUCGUACGCGUGCAACUGCAAGCUCGGAUUCAUGGGCCCCACAUGCUCAGAGGUAACCAAUGAGUGUUCCCCCAAUCCCUGUACUAAUGGUGGAACAUGCGUAGAUGGCCACAACUCUUACACAUGUCAGUGCGCAGCAGGCUUUUCGGGAGACAUUUGUGAAGUAAACAUAGACGAAUGCGCAAGUAUGCCCUGUCUCAACGGAGGAGGGUGUGUGGACGGAAUAAACGGCUACACUUGUACUUGCCAACCAGGGUUCGAGGGAACCGUGUGUGAGGUAAAUAUCGACGAGUGCUCACCAAAUCCCUGUCACAAUGGGGGUGUAUGCACAGACCAGGUGAAUGGGUACUACUGUACAUGCCCCCCCGGAUACGAUGGCUUAACUUGUGAAAACGAUCGCGACGAGUGUGCAAUCAAUCAGUGCCUAAACGGCGGUGCGUGCGUGGAUGGGCCUGGUUUCUUCACGUGCACGUGUACCAGCGGAUACACCGGUGGGUACUGUGAGAUAGAAGUGAACGAGUGCGAGAGUAAUCCAUGUCAGAAUGGGGCUGUGUGCUCGGACCUGGCAGAUGCAUAUUUGUGUACUUGUGUUGGAAAAUGGACCGGUACAAACUGUGAGACUGUCAAGCUAGACACGUGUAUGGACCAGCUUUGCCAGAACGGAGCCGACUGCUACGACCUGAACGCGGGAGGUUACGAGUGUAUGUGUCAGCCGGGAUACAGCGGGCUUUCCUGCGAGAGUGACAUCAACGAAUGUGCCAGCGAACCCUGCAAAAACGGCGCUUUUUGCAGAGAUGAGGUAAACGGGUACGCGUGCGAAUGUAGUGGCGAGUGGACAGGUACACACUGUGAUGUCUCGACGGUAGAGGUGAAUACAGACCCUUGCGCAGGCUUCGAUUGUUAUCACGGUACUUGCCAGGCACUUGGGGACGCGCCUCAAUGCGUCUGUGGCACGGGAUAUACCGGUUCAAGAUGUAGCAGUGAAAUUGACGAGUGUCUUACUUCGAUGAAUGUGUGCCAGAAUGGUGCCACGUGUGUAGAUGGCCUGAACUCUGUCACGUGCGACUGCUUGCCUGGAUACGAAGGUGCGGAUUGCUCUGUAUACGCCUGUCCGUGUCAGAAUGGGGGCAGUUGCAUAGACGACAAUGGAUCGACGGUGUGCAAGUGCGUGGACGGGUACUCUGGAGACACGUGCGAGUAUGCACCGGCGAGUGACCUGACCAACUACUGCAGCCCAGACCCCUGCAAUGGCAACGGCAACUGCGUCUUGAACCCUAGUGUAGGGUUCGAAUGCGUCUGCUUCAGCGGCUACUCGGGCACCAACUGCGUGCAAGAAGUGGUUCCCCCCCUCACCUGCAGCAGUAACCCGUGUUUCUACGGCGGGUUUUGUCUGGACAGGAUUUAUGGGGUGAAAUGCAUUUGUGUGGGAGGUAGAACGGGCGAGUUCUGUCAAAACGACGUCAAUGAGUGUGCUAGCAGUCCGUGUAUGACGGGACGUUGUAGCAAUCGGCACAACAAGUUUGUGUGCACGUGCCCUACGGGAUGGUCUGGGGAACUUUGUAGUACUAGAAUUAUAGCAUAAAUAGUCCAUAGUUACGGGUGAGCAGUUCAUAAACGAGAAUGAU